AUGCAAGUGGACAAGGCGACCAGGGCUUACCACGACGCCCAUUUGCAAGACGAUCAACAAUCAGCGGCUUCGGAAGCUGGUUCUUCGAUGGCCUCUAACCUGGAGUCUGACGACGAAGAGGUGGGCGACGAGAUUCAUUGCACCCUGAGCUUCGCAGGAACGAGCGGAGGUAGCCGUCCGCCCAACACCAAUGGCCUCUCAAAGAUCUCGAAGGCCAUGGUAGAUAUCAGAAGACUCGAUGAGGAAAAGGCAGAAGCAUCUCGCCGCCUGGGACGAGCAGUUUGGACUGCGGGACGAGACCCGCAAGCGAUCGGACCAUCGGAUCACUUGGUUCGGCUCGUGGUUGACGCGCUGCAUCGUGACGUUCGUCAAAGCGAUGCUCGGCACGGUAUCUCGUACGCCUUCAAGGCUGUUGACAACGCUCACGACGCCCGGGAGGAUGCCUUCCGCCGGUUGGGCGACGCUGCUCUUGCCAUCAUGCCAGCCAACUCCACGCCUGAGGGCACAGGCCCAUCGGGAUUAGGCCGAGCUCCUAACUCUCGUCGUUGA